AUGAAGACCCCAAGAUCCCCUUCUCCUCCUUCUUCAUCUUCUUCUUCUUCCUCCGCUUUCCCUCUGAGAAAAGCCCGCGGCCUGUCGCCUUUCCUCUUCACCCUCCUCGCCUUCAUCGUCUUCGUCGUCACCCUCUACGGCGAGGACUUCAUGUGCCUCCUCGGCCAGCUCGACCCCUACUCCUCUCAAGACGACGUCGUCGCCGGCAACCCUUCUCCCCGUCGGAAGUGGGAGGUGGAGCCGGCGUUUGCGGUGGGGAAGAAGCCGGCGGGGUGCGACUACUUCAGCGGGAGGUGGGUUUGGGACGAGACGGCCGGGCCGCUGUACGAGGAAUCGGAGUGUCCGUACAUCCAGCCGCAGCUGACGUGUCAGGCACACGGCCGUCCAGAUAGGGAUUACCAGUUCUGGAGGUGGCAACCUCACGGCUGUGAUCUCCCCAGUUUUAACGCGACGCUGAUGCUGGAGAGCCUACGUGGCAAGCGCAUGAUGUACGUCGGCGACUCCCUCAACCGCGGCCAGUACGUGUCCAUGGUGUGCCUCGUCCACCGCCUGAUCCCCAACGAGUCCGCCAAGUCCAUGGAAACCACCGGCUCCCUCACCGUCUUCACCGCCGCCGACUACAACGCCACCAUCGAGUUCUACUGGGCGCCCUUCCUCCUCGAGUCCAAUUCCGACGACGCAGUCAUCCACCGGGUCUCCGACCGCAUCGUCCGCCGGGGCUCCAUCAACAAGCACGGCCGCCACUGGAAGGGCGCCGACGUCGUGGUGUUCAACACGUAUCUAUGGUGGAUGACGGGCUUGAAGAUGAAGAUAUUGCAAGGCUCGUUUGACGACGAGGUGAAGGAGAUUGUUGAGGUUUCGACGGAGGAUGCGUAUAGGAUGGCGAUGCGGAGCAUGAUGCGGUGGGCGAGGAAGAAUAUGGAUCCGAGGAGGACUAGGGUUUUCUUCACCAGCAUGUCGCCUACCCACGCCAAGAGCGAGGAUUGGGGAGGCGAGCCAGGGAAGAACUGCUACAACGAGACGACACCGAUCAACAACGCGACGUACUGGGGGUCCGACAGCCGGAGGAGCAUAAUGCAGGUGAUCGGAGAGGAGUUCGGGAAGUCCAAGUAUCCGGUGACGUUCCUCAACAUAACCCAGCUGUCCAACUACCGGAAAGACGCACACACUUCCAUCUACAAGAAGCAGUGGAGCCCACUCACGGCGGAGCAGCUGGCCAACCCGGUCAGCUACGCCGACUGCACCCACUGGUGCCUCCCCGGGCUUCAAGAUACCUGGAACCAGCUCCUUUUUGCCAAGCUUUUCUAUCCUUGA